AUGGCAAAAGACUCUGUCCCUACAGUUACGGUCAUCGGCUCCCUUAACACUGACCUCGUUACUCGAACGUCCCGGGUGCCAGAAGGAGGUGAAACUCUGACCUCACAGGCCUUCAAAACAGGAUCUGGUGGUAAAGGGGCCAAUCAAGCGGUUGCAUGUGCUAGACUUUCUCGUCGGAAGGCCGCGCCAGGCGAUGGCACGGUCAAAGUCAGAAUGAUUGGCGCUGUUGGUGACGACUUCUUCGGCAAAGCUUUGGUUCAAGAUCUGAAAGACAGUUUCAUCGAUGUCAGUGGCGUUACUGCACGGUCAGAUGAGCAUACGGGAACAGCAGUGAUCAUUGUGGAAGAGAGUACUGGAGAGAACAGAAUCCUGCUGUCUCCCGGCGCAAAUCACGGCCUUACACCCGAAACAUUCGUUGAGUUGCCUGCACCGCUACCGGACGUGAUUGUUCUCCAGCUUGAAAUUCCUCUUGAGACAGUUCUGCAAGUUCUGACCGUCGCUAAAAGCCAGCACGUUGAGGUUGUAAUGAACCCCGCACCCGCUCAGAAAUUGCCCUUGGAAGCCUACCAAGCCAUCACGCAUUUGAUUGUAAAUGAGUCGGAGGCAUCCAUCAUCACUGGUAAUGAAAGGAAAAGCAUCGAUUGGGCUGAGCCUGGAGAAGGGUGGAGAGCUCUUUAUCGCCUCGGCUCGCAGCAUAUAACGGUCACGCUGGGAUCUCGCGGCGUUCGCUACGCACUAUGCCAUGACAAGGAGGCAGAAUUGGACAUCAAGUCACUAGACGCCAAAAAAGUUCAAGUCAAAGAUACUACAGCUGCGGGCGAUACUUUUGUGGGCGCAUAUGCUGUCGGCAUUGCGACGAACAAGAGCAAAGACCCGAAAACCAUGAUGCGCAUCCUGGCUCGCGCAAACGAGGCGGCUGCCCUGACUGUUGCACGAGAAGGCGCGCAGGCUGCAAUUCCAUGGGCUGACGAGUUGCCAUCUCUUGGGGCGCAAGCUUGA